AUGUUGGACGGUUCCACGAUGACGAGGCUUCAUGGAGCGUCUCUUGACAGCUUAGGCGCCACAGACCCUAGUGGUUGCGAGCGACCUCAGCAUUGUCGGUCGAAGGUUCCGCCAAAUGCUCCGGAGAUCGUUGUUCAGAACACCGUCGAGGUCACAGACCCCUCGCGAGUUCUUCCGUGGCAUCGUGAUGAGCGCCGAAGGAACUUUAACUGGUUGGUGCGAAGCUACAAAAACCAACUCCUCUACGGUUGCGAUGACGCCGGAUGUCGGACCCCAACAUGCGCCAGUCGACGGCGACGAACCGGAGAAGGUCCCUAUCGUCGUUACACCGAGCUCAGCGCGCGAACUCUAGCUUGUUAUCUGGCUAGUCAAGAUGACCCGGAAAGCGGGCUUUGUCGCAGCCAUUCACGAUACAUUUCCGAAAGUAAGGUCGCUGGCCUAGCUCGGAAUUCUCAACAGCUGUCCAGAGUAUCACAGACGCGAGCCACUCCCACCGCUACAGAGCAUGAUCGGCGAAGCUCUCACACGGCCCGGAAUCAGGGACAAAGAGACGGGUUGGAAGCCAAGUCAACACGCAACUCCAGUCGCAUCGAGGAAAACAACGCCUCACAUAAUGACCCUCACGCCUGGGGCUUGCAGAAUCCCGACCCCGGUGCUGAGCAACACCCCAAAGACCCGAAAUCGUUCACACAGAAUCUCUUCGAUACCUUGUCAUUACGAAUGGUUGAGUGGCUUCCGUUACGGCAUACUACUGAAAUCACACCUCGCUCGAAAUGCCAAUCGACUGGGCGUCGUAAAAGUCAAAGCUCUCAAACGGUGGAAAGGGCGCAUGGUAAAACAUCGGAACAAUCGCAUCGGGUCUCAAGCAACUUGAACUCCUCGCUUGCCAAAAGCUCCCCGCCACGCACGCCCUCCUCUCGAACCUCAGGGAUAUCAACGCCAGCCGUAGAGUUGACUUUCCAAAAUCAACAUGUCAGGCGGCUGUCGGUUCCUGACUCGGACCAUCGAAGGCAAUCAUCCCGAACUGGUGUCGAUGAAAGAAAAAGACAUGAAUUCAAGAGCACGAAGGUAUCUUUGAACUCGCAGUUUACAUCGGAGGAAUUUCAUAGCAUACCUUCACCCCCAGCUCUGAAACACCGUCCACAAAAACACCGAGGCAGGACAAGUGAUCCGGAUCACCAGGCCAACAAAGACCGCAUCAAAGGCCAGCGACGCGUCUCGUGGAAUAGUGAGAAACUCUUUGCUGAGACAACCUCUCGUGCAAGUUGCACAACAGGCCAGCCGCCUAGCUGUCCGUCAGACUGUGAGAUAGAGACCCCGACCAAUCGCAAACCGAAGCAUAGUUCUAUGCGGCGCACGCAGGCCGUGACUCCGCUAGCUCAGUCUAUCUCCCAUUUCACCCCGGCCAUCAUCGACGGUCUUACAAAGAUUAUGUUCACAUCAGAAGAAGACGCUCGGAUCUGGCAAGAAGAGCUGGAUCGCAUACGAUCCCAGGGGAAUUUUGAGACCCCUGAUUGGAGACUCGCAACCCCUUCCCAACGCCAAGCAUAUCCUUUUGUUGCUCAGAGUACGUUUUUUGUCUUUAGCAGUUCCACGCAGACGCUGCAAUCAUUUGGGCAUGAUGUUUCCCCUCCGGGCCAAACAUCGAACCAAAUGAGCAAGCGUUUGGAUGUUGCAGGACUGCAAGGCUCAUUGCAACAAUUGUUCUCAAUUUGUCCCUGGGACAUCGCCCUUGACAGCCUGUGGAAUCUGACCGAGAAACUGUUUGUCCCUCCGGAUGAUCUGACACAAUCAGCUCGUCCCUCGCGACGCUCUUCCCGUAGCUCUACAAUGAGCUCUGCCCCUCCCGUAGUCAGGAGACUCUCCGAAACCGCCAACAACGAUCAUUUGUCUGAUGCAGAUGCUGCCCACAUCGCGACGAUUGCUUUGUUUGUGCUGGUCAGUACAGUUCCCAGUCUGGACGAGACUACCUGGCGUGGCAUUUUGCGGAUGCGGGCAUCUGGCAAGAUCGCCUCCUCUGCCGAUCUUGCCAAUUUGAGCUCUGAGCUCGCUCAAAAGGCAAUGGAGGCUACAGAUCAGCUUGAGCACGAUUUGGGGCUUCGCCUAAUUCACCGACUCGUCCGUGCUCUUGUCGCUCGGCUUGCUUAUAGCGAGAUCUCCAAGGCCCGUCAAGUAUACGGUCUGGAAGGUCCCCCAAAAAGACGCGUUAAUGUCAUUGACCGCAUCAUAGAUCACCUCAGUGAGCAGCAAGCUCAGGAAUCAUCAGAUGAGGACCGAUAUCCCCUCGGUCGUCCGGGCCCGAUUGCUCUCAUUGUGGAGUGGCUACGCACCCUAUUUCUCCGUGAAUGGGAUGGCAAUCCGGAAUUAUCCCGGAGCAGUGCUGCUGGAGGUGCCGUGCAAAUUUUAGCUUCAAUGUUCAAGGAACGAGAUCGGCUUGGCUUGCUUCCGGAAGACUUUUACACCCCAAUUCUCGCCGAGAGGCUGGAUCCCCUCGAAAUGCCGGUGUCUUGGGUGGGCGACCCUCCCAAUAAUCGCUCUAUGCACCUUCUCUCCCAUCCCUUCCUCUUCCCACCUGCUACCCUUGUGACCUAUUUCAGAGCCCUGAAUUACUCCGCAAUGUGCAAAUACGUUGAAUCAGCGACGGCAACGGGACGACAUGUGACCCAGACGGCACUUCACAGCAUCUCUAUAUCCAAUGCCAACGAGGCAUCGCUCCUCGCCCGAAUGAAAGUUUCCAUGUCCACCUAUCUUGUUCUCGUGAUUCGUCGCGACAAUAUCCUCUCGGAUGCCUUGAACCAGCUCUGGCGGCGAGAAAAACGAGAGUUGAUGCGCCCGCUCAAAGUCCAGAUGGGGAUGGACGAGGGCGAAGAAGGGCUGGAUCACGGCGGUGUCCAGCAGGAGUUCUUUCGUGUGCUGAUGGGCGAGGCCCUUGAUCCAGCCUACGGCAUGUUCACGAUCGACAGCCGUUCUCGGGCGUCCUGGUUCCGGCCUUGUUCGUGGGAGCCGUUGUACAAAUUUGAGCUUCUCGGCCUGCUCAUGUCCAUCGCUGUGUACAAUGCCAUCACACUCCCCGUCAACUUUCCCUUGGCGUUCUAUCGAAAGUUGUUGGGUCUCAAGGUCAAGCACAUUGAUCACAUUCGUGAUGGCUGGCCGGAGCUCAGCCAUGGCCUUGAAAUGCUGCUGAACUGGGAGGAUGGGGACGUGGGUGAUGUGUUCGUGCGUACGUAUGAAUUCAGUUUUGAAUCGGCGGGUACCAUAGAAACCAUCAAUAUGCAGAAAGUGGGCCGUGAUGGAACCUGGCCUGUUUCCAAACCAGACGGUGCACAUCACUCUGGAUUUGGCGGCGCUUCGAGAAACGAGUCUUGUCUCUCCCAAAUGAUGUCUGCGCGUCCAUCCUCUCCAAAUGCACUCGAGGGAAGGGGUCUCAAGGACUCUCGGCCUCGCAGUCGAGUCGGAUCAGUUCACUCUGGGCAGGCCUCGUCUCUACCUUCGCCGGUCACCCCUGACAUAGAGGCUCCCCUUGUGACAAACCAGAACCGUGCCCAAUUUGUGAAAGACUACAUUUUCUGGCUCACCAACAAGACCAUCCAACCGCAAUUUGAGGCAUUUGCCCGAGGUUUCUUCACCUGUCUCGAUCGCUCUAGCUUGUCGAUCUUCACUCCCGAGGCUCUGAAAGCCGUGGUGGAAGGAAUUCAAGAGAUUGACCUCACCGAACUUGAGCACCACGCCCGCUACGAGGGCGGAUUUGGGCCGACUCAUCGGGUCAUUCGCGACUUCUGGAGCGUGGUUCAUCAGUACUCCGCGGAGAAAAAGGCUCAACUCUUGGAAUUUGUCACCGCCAGUGACCGUGUUCCCGUCAACGGCAUCUCGACCAUGAUGUUUGUCAUUCAGAAGAACGGCGUUGGGGAUAUGCGUCUUCCGACCAGUCUGACAUGCUUUGGUCGGCUGUUGCUCCCCGAAUACAGUUCUAAGGAUGCGUUGGCAGAGAAGCUGGAUAAAGCGCUUGAGAAUACCCGGGGGUUUGGCGUUGCAUAG